UUCUAUACUCUUCCUUUAAUUUCUCUUAAUCUGAAUACAGCUAGCGCAUUAGGAAAGCCAACUUUUCUGCAACCCAAAGUCAGUAAUCUGUCAUUUUUCUAAUGGAAACUCCAUCAUCAACAAUAAGAGUAACAAGAUCACAAGUCCUUUCUGCUUCCAAUAAGAUAGUUAAAGAAUCUGAAAACAAAGAAGUAACCAAGUCAAGAUCAGCUCUCAUUGAUUUAACAAAUUCACCCAUUGUUGGGCUAGCAAGUGGGAAUUUGGAGACCCCAUCAUCAUUUACAAAAGGAAGGAAGUGUUGUACUCCAGGGUCAGGGGAGGCAAUAUUGAGGUGUCAAGUGAAGAACUUGUUACAAAUGGUUGAGGAAGAAGCUGAAAUCUCAUUGGAAAAAAGGCAGCCUCUUUUUCAUGUAAAAGGUGUUGUUAAUUCUCCAAUGAGUCUUCUUAUUGCUCCUGCAAAUACACCACUUAUGGAUCUCUCUGGUAAUGAGUUGCUGCCUCCUGUCACUGCAUCUCCUGUACAGGACAACUUUGUCAUCUCUCAGGUAUAUACUAAGUAUCAAUUUUCAGAAGAGUUUAGCUUCUAUACAUUGAUUGAUAAUGUAAAAGAUAAUGAAUGAGAUGUUAGAAGUGAAGAAACAAGAGAGUAGUAGUAAUAUUACAAGAUCUCUACUACUGGAUUUUACUGAAAAGUCAGAAGAAGAGGUUGAUGAAGAAAAUGAAAGACUAAUAGUUGAUGAAGUAUGUGAAGCAAUGAACAAGAUCAAUGUUUACAACCGAUCAUGAGUUUGAAGGAGUAGAAGAAGAGUGUGCUGAAUUUGCAUUUGCCUAAAGGAAACCACUUGCGUUUCCCCGAAGAUAACUGAAUGAAAAACUUUGUUUUUUUUCCGCUUUCUGUGAAGACACCAAUAGCUGAGGUGUUUUAGAAAGUAUUACAUUCUGUUAAGUUUUGAUUUGGACCAUUUGAUAGUUUCCUGCUAAAAUAAUUCAAAAAUGAUCUCUCUCUCUCUC